GGGAUUGCAUUUGAAGUGGUCUAGUAUUGGGCCUUUUCUUCAAUUAAUUAGACAGCCGAUUCCGAACCAGUUAGUCACAGUUCGCGGUUGAGUUCGCUGCAGUUAGUAGUUAUCAAACUCACUGUUCAAGUGCGAAACGUCUUCACAAUCUUUCCAUCGCCCAAGGAAUAAUUAUCUAGUGUUUUAUGUGAAUUUUAUCGAGGAACACUACAAGAUAUGAUAACAACGUAAACUUUAUCCAAUGAAAUAGUGAGGAAAUGAAGCAAGAUCUUCUCAAGAGCGAUCUGAACCUGAGAGACAACAUGCAGACCAGUUACACAAACACCGCCUUCGACGGCAAGCAGAGUGAGAACGGAAACAAUGAGACAAAGAUGGCAGAUCUCACUGACGAGAGACGUGUGAAGGUUGGCAGCAAUGACUUCAUUUUGGUGGAAGACCACACAGGACGUCAGAGAAAAGUGAGCGUAAAGGAAAAGGUGGACUCUUUUGUGCCCUGGAUGCAAACGAAGCUGAGGAAAGGAUGCACCAAGAAGAAUCUCUACAGGCGGCUGCCAAUUCUGCAAUGGCUGCCAAAAUACAGCACCGAUGAUGCCGUAGGAGACCUCGUGGCCGGAGUUACUGUGGGACUACUAGUUAUACCUCAGUCACUGGCUUAUUCAAAUAUAGCUGAUCUACCUGCACAGUAUGGUCUCUACGGAUCCUUUGUUGGCUGCCUGAUGUACAUAUUCCUGGGAAGCUGCAAAGAUGUGCCCAUGGGUCCCACGGCUAUUUGCUCACUGCUAACUUACCAGACUAUCAAAGGAAUGGGACCUGACCAUGCUAUACUGUUAUGCUUCCUAAGCGGGGUCAUACAGCUUAUAAUGGGUAUAGUUGGACUAGGAAUAAUGAUAGACUUCGUCUCAGGUCCAGUAUCGUCAGGUUUCACUUCGGCUGUUGCUUUGCUGAUCAUCUCGUCUCAAGUGAAGGAUAUCCUGGGUAUCAACGGAGGUGGGGCCACGUUUGUCAACAUGUGGUACAACCUGGCGCAAGACAUACAGAACAUCAACUACUCUGACCUCACACUGGGUGUAACUUGUAUCGUCAUACUACUGUCUAUGAGGAUGCUGGGAGAAGUGAAAAUCGGACCCGAGGAAGAAGUGCUAUGUACACCGACGCAAAAGCUAGUCAAUAAAACUAUUUGGCUGAUCGGUACAUCUAGAAACUCGAUCAUAGUCAUCAUCAGUGGAAUCUAUGCUUAUUAUGUCCAGGUCCAAUAUGGCGAGAUACCCUUUAAAGUUAUAGGAUACAUUCCUCCAGGCUUGCCAGAAUUCAAGCUACCACCCUUCAGUACAGUACAGAACAAUGUUACAUACAAUUUCUUCGACAUGUGCGGAGUCAUGGGUCAGGGAAUAUUUGUUUUGCCACUCAUUGCUCUUCUGGAGAAUAUCGCUAUUUGCAAAGCUUUCGCUAAUGGGAAGACAGUAGAUGCAACACAGGAGCUGAUAGCGAUAGGGCUUUGCAACAUUGGCAACUCGAUGAUUCAGAGCUUCCCGGGUUCAGGCUCACUGUCACGUAGUGCCGUCAACAACUCAAGCGGGGUACGGACACCACUUGGCGGCCUAUACACGGGAGCCCUGGUCAUCAUCGCCCUCCUAUUUUUCACACCCUGCUUCUACUACAUUCCAAAAGCGGUGUUGGCUGCAGUUAUUAUAGCAGCUGUCGUCUUCAUGGUCGAAGUUAGAGUUGUCAAGCCUAUAUGGAGGUCUAAAAAAAGUGAUUUGAUACCUGGUGUGGCCACGUUUAUAGCCUGUCUUCUAUUACACUUGGAAAUCGGUAUUCUAAUCGGCAUAGGACUGAAUCUCAUAUCAAUUUUAUAUCAUGCAGCAAGACCGAAGAUCUCAAUCGACAUACAUAAGAGUCGAGGAGGUGUAGAGUACCUUCUAUUAACCCCUGACCGCUGCCUUAUUUUUCCAUCGGUGGAUUACGUGAGUGCUCUAGUCACAAAGCACAGUGUAAAACGGGGCAUACCAGUCGUUAUAGACUGUUCUCAUAUCUAUGGUGCUGAUUUUACUGCAGCUAAGGUUAUUGAAAUCCUAACACAGGACUUUUCCAAACGAAAACAGCCUCUUUUCUUCUACAAUUUGAAGCCAAGUGUUGUGGCCGUAUUUGAAGGAGUCCAACCCAAAGAUUUUGUCGUCUAUUACAAUGAUCAUCAACUGGACCAUCUACUAUUGACGCAUACUGUCGCCACACUACAAGGCAAAAAUUUCAAGACUCUUGGCAACGAUCUGAAAUGAAAUCGCUAAAAAAAUUUAUCAACAAUUUAUUGUGUCUUCUAAGCGAAUGGACUACUUGUAUAUACUUCUUUGAAUAGUAUUGAGCGUUUCAACGAUCCAACACAAGGUCAGAAAAGUUCUACAAUAAUUUAGAGUCGUGUCAGUACAAUUUUCAUCUCAAGAACUGGACAUCACAUACGCAGGAACUGAAGGAUUUUUUGUUGUGUCAGUCAAAUUUCGGCUCAAAAAUUUGACCAAGCAAGAGCAAAUGACAUCCUACUCAUUGGACGUUUUCUUAAAAGUGUCGCCACAAGUCAUACUCGAAGAGUUUUGCUUUGUGAAGUGAUAGAAACAAAAAUAAGCUGCAACUAAUUUCAGUUGUUUGAGAUGAGAAUAUUGUUUUGAUGUUAUACAUCUAGAAUGGUGAUUUAUGUAUUUAUGUAUACAAGAAUAAAUUUCAGACAAUCUGUUUCUUGACUAGAUUGUUGACUCGAGGAAAAAUCGAGUAUAAAUAAAUAAUGUGCCCAAUUAGGAUUGGUUUUAAAAUUAGGAUUAGUUUUUAUACUGGGAUAAUAGAAUUCGAUGUAAUUAUAGCAAAUGAAUAUUAGAUAUUCUAAUUUUAUUGUUGUCUAUUGUAGAUAUAGAAAUCAAUGUUAUUGCUUAUGAUAUUAUAUGAUACUCACUAUUAUUUAUAUUAGUAGACUUAGUUUCAGAAAAGAUUCUAAUAUUGACUUUUAUAUCAAUUAACUGUCAAUUUACGACCAAAAGUAUCUGUACACAAUAUCACUGAAUUAUUAUUACUUUCCAGUUGAACAUAUUCAGGAAAAUUAACAAUAACUGAAUCAAUACUAAAACAAUCAACAUUGAAAAUACAAUAUUGGUUUCACAUCUAAUCUAAUUUAUAAAAUUAUAUGUAUUUAUUUGUAAAUUAGUUCAUUAAGUCCUGAUAUAAUAGAUUGUUCAAAGAUGGAGCGGAGCUUUUAUGAUUAUUUCAAAAGGAUUUUGAAUGUGAUAAUUUGAGAAUAUAAUUCAGAUUGAUGUACUAAAGUAAUAACCGAUAAAAGAAGCCGUUAUUUGA